UUGGGUAUGGAUGGUGCGGUACGAGAUUGCAAAUUUCUGUUUCUUUUGAUUAACCAUAUAAAAUCUUACCAGUAAACUAACAAUUUGUGCCGAGAUUUGCAAUAAAAAAAUGGUUAUUUAAUUUCACAAGUUCUCUAUCACCUAACAAACAUCUAUAAGCGAGAAGUACUGAAAUGGAAGGUGAACAAUUUUCUCUAUGUUGGAACAAUUUCCACACGAAUUUAAGCUCGGGUUUUCAUUCGUUAUUCAAAGACGAGGAUUUGGUUGAUGUUACAUUGGCUGCUGAAGGAAAAUUCCUCAAGGCCCAUAAAACUGUCUUAUCUGUUUGUAGUCCCUUUUUUAAAGAUUUGUUUAGGGUAAACCCUUGCAAGCAUCCCAUAGUAAUACUUCCAGACGUAAAUUACAAUGCCUUAUGCGGUUUGCUGCAUUUCAUGUAUCAAGGUGAAGUUAGUGUUAGUCAAGAAGAGAUACCGACCUUUAUGAGGGUUGCUGAAAUGCUUAAAGUCAAAGGCUUGACGGAUAAUAGUAAUUCUCCAACACCAUCCGAAACCAACGGGUACACGAAUAGCAGCCGAGGACCCUUCGGGUGCCCCGAUCAGAGGCAAAAUAUAAUGAAAAGGCCAAGGCCGGUUAAAAAAAUUAUUAGGCCCACGCAGCCUUUGAGACCAAUAGAGAGUCCGAAGCCGGACAAAUCUCCGCAACCUCAUCACCAGCAAUCUCCGUCGCCAUCGGCACUCUCUCAACCGCCUCCUAACAAAAAGCCUUUGGUUGAAAACGAUCAGCAACCGAUCCAGUCUUCCGUUUCCUCUGCACAGGCUAAUCAGAUUAAUCUCCAAAUGCCUCUUUUGAAACCCAAAGUGGAGCCUUUAGAACAACACGAUGAGGACAACACCUCUCACUCGGGAGGUGAUACGAACGUAGAAUUACGAAAUAUGUUGGAAAAUUCCCAAGAGGAGCCGUCCCCUUCUCAUCCGUUUCCUUCCUGGCCACCUUUCGAUGUCCAACCGCCCCCUUCGCAAGACUCAUCGUCUCCAGGUCUGAUGUUGCUGAAAAGCGGCCGAGGUCAGCUAGUCCUUAUUCAUAACGGUCAUAUAUACACGCUCUGUGAUAAAAAAGACAUAUGCACCCUUUGGGUGUGCGUCAAAAAGAAAACUCUGAGUUGUCCUGGCUGUUUGACGACACUGAACGGGCCGAUUUUGCUGUCCUACACGGCGCACAAUCAUCCCCAAAUGCACGACGUCAUACAGAAAUUGCAAGUGCCUUCGUGUCGAAUUUCCCCCGAACUGAAACUCCAAAGAAACCCGUUCCUUUGUUUCGGUUGCUUAUUUACCACGACGAAGCACUGGAAUAUUUGUAGGAUUUAAUAUUUAUUUUUUAUCUUAUUGGAUUGUUAGUUACUUUUACCUCGAUAUUAGAGUUUAUUUUCAGUCAUAUCGUAAGUAUUUUGAGGUUAAGUAUUUAAGAAUUUUAUUUAUGUUAAUUUAUUUCUACUAAGAAGAAGUGAAAAUUAAUAGUAACUUGGAUUUUUUUUACCAAUUAAACGUAAACAGCUAUUUUUUAACAAGGGUACGAGAAUCAUUGUUUUUUUAUUUCGAAAUAAAGUUAUGUUAAUU